UUUAACUGAAGCAAAUGACCUGUUAUUGGAUUUAUAUUCCCUUCAUCUUCCCUUCCAUCGCAUGCUCUCAGAAAGCAAAACCCCAUUUUAACCUACGCACCUCUGGCGCAGGAUAAGGAACGAUGACAUCUGCUCUCGGGCAUUCCAUCAUUUCAACCAGAAGCGUCGACUUCCCUUCAUUUCCCGGUUCUCCAGUGAAGCAAUCAGGGCAAUGCCUUGUGAACUGUGGUCUUGUUAACUUUUCUAUCAAUCCCAUUCGCUGGCAGAAAGCAAAGAUUUCAACUCAUAAAAGUUUGCUUACAGUUCGAGCUGGGUACAGUGAGGAUGGUGGAAGGCCAAGUGGUGCAAGUAUCUUUGUUGGGGGCUUUGUGUUGGGAGGAUUAAUUGUCGGGACACUUGGUUGUGUAUAUGCACCUCAGAUCAGCAAAGCAUUGGGUGGAGCUGACAGAAAGGAUUUGAUGCGGAAGCUACCAAAAUUUAUAUAUGACGAAGAGAAAGCUUUGGAGAAAACUCGGAAGAUACUGACGGAGAAGAUAGCACAGCUGAAUUCAGCCAUUGAUGAUGUCUCUUCUCAGCUUCGAGCAGACGAUGCCCCGAAUGGAGAAGCAGCAACCUCUGAUGAAAUGGAAGCUGCUGUAUAACAAUGGUCCGGAAAACAUCAUGGUAUGACCUCUCUUUUACUACAUCUGAGAUCCAACAGGAAUUCUAUGUUCAGAAUCCCGAGAUAGAGGAAAAUAAAUGUUAAAUUUCUGGUCAGAUUCUAUAUGUGUUCUUUAGGACAUACAGAUCAAACCAUAGAAAAGAAGGAAUCUGCUUUUU